AUGCAGAAAUCUAUCCAUGAGCUAGAACGUCAGAUGGGCCAAAUGGCAGUUUCUCAAACUAUCAGACCACAUGGUGCUCUUCCAAGCAAUAUCGAAAAGAAUCUGAAAGAACAACUUCUUGCAGUCUCUUUGAGGAAUGGUAGACAAUUGGAAGAAGUUACUCCAAAGAAAAAAAAGGUGAAUGCUGAGAUGAUUCUUGCUAAGAGGGCAGAAACUGAACAAAAGAUUAUUGAUAAUGUUGUAGAGCAGUCAGAGGUACACAUCAACAUCCCUUUGGUGGAGUUCUUGCAAGAGGUUCUGAAAUAUGCUAAGUACAUCAAAGACAUUGAUGUAAACAAAAGACGUGUGAUAGAUAUUGAGACUGUACCACUUAUUGAAGAGUGCAUUUCCAGAGUGAGGAGCAAGAUUCCAUCGAAGCAGAAAAAUUGGGGAAAUUUCACCAUCUCGAUCACUAUCGAUAACAUUGAGGUUGGGCUAAUAUUGUGUGAUUUAAGUACUAGUAUUAAUCUGAUGCCCACCUCUGUGUUCCAGAAGUUGGGAUUGGGCGACCCAAGACUAAUAACAGUCACUUUACAAUUGGCAUAUAGAUCUCUGGCAUGCCCCGUUGGUAUAAUUGAAGACCAUCUCAUGAAAGUUGCCCCGUACAUCUUGCCAGUUGACUUCAUCAUUCUUGAUUAUGGAGCCGACAAAAAUGUAUCUCUUAUUAUGGGAGAGAUUCUUAGCUACUAUCCCUUGGAGAUAGCGUUGGUAUAUGGGGAAGAUUUAAUGGAAAAUGAGACAGUCAAGGAGUGUCUUCACAUUCUUGACACUUCUUGUGCCUAUGUACAUGCCAAUAAGACGUUUGAAUACUGGGAGAGAAUAAAAUCUUGGAAAAAGCCAAAACCUUUCAUUAAGGAGGCCCCGGUUGAACAUAUGUUGCGAGGAAUUGAGAGAUAG